AUGAUGGCUGCCGCGGGAAUCUCGUCUUCUCAGUGGCGUAAGCUCUCCCCGAGUGUAACCAUGGCCUUGGCAUCGGCUUUUCUUGAAUGGUUGCUGAUCUUUUUCCUAUUUGUUGAUGCUGCUUUUUCUUAUGUGAUUACGAAGUUUGCUGGUUACUGCAAAUUGCAAACACCGUGUUUGUUCUGUUCAAGGCUUGAUCACGUGUUUGGCAAGGAGAGAAAGGGAUAUUAUUGGGACUUGAUUUGUAGUGGUCAUAAGACGGAGAUUUCUUCUUUAGUUCUUUGUCGUGCGCAUGAUAAGCUUGUGAAUGUUCAAGGAAUGUGUGAAAGUUGCCUUUUUUCUUUCGCUACCAUCAACAAAUCUAAUGCUGAAACCUACAGGUUAUUGGUGGGUAAAUUAGGGAAGGGAUCUGAGUCCAGAUUUGAUCAGGAUCCAUUACUUGGUGAUAAUGCGAGUGCAAAAUGCUGUUCUUGUUGCAAUGAGCAAUGGGCUUUAAAAGGUAAUGAUCGAAGGUUGGUGAUUACCAAGUCAAUUGGGUCUGGCGGUGCUGAUUUUGAUGUAUCAAAUGUUGUUGGUAACAAUUUUCACAAGAAAAGACCAGCAAAAUCAUUUGUAUCGACCAGAGGUCCACGCCUUAGAAAUAAACAGGCAGAUCCUUUGUCUCAUGUCGGUUACACUGAGUUAAAGGUUACUUCUGAUACUGAGUCUGAACAGGAAGCUCCCUCAUCUGAUGAUGAUGGAACAAGCAUACCAGUUAGAGGUACAUAUGACACUAAGAAAGAUAUGGAAGUUCCAUGUGAACAUAUGGAGUCUCCCAUCCUUGAUUUAAAUGAGAAUUUGGCUUCGGAGGAACUCAGGACUUCAUCUUCUGGACUUCAACCAUCAUUAUCAGAGUCGGGAGUGCAAUCAGAAAACACAGAUACUCAUGGUAGUAAAUCUACAGCAGCAACUCUGGAAAGUACGAAUGAUUUGACCGAACUUGAUUCUCCGCAGCAGCUUGAGAGAAAUGUUGUUUGUCCUUCCGCAAUUGAGCCGAUUUCCUGUAAUGAAGUCCCUGCAUUAUCAAAUAAAACAGGAGUUCCUGUUGAACUAUCAAAGGAAAACUAUGAUUUGACAACGGAUGAAGUGGGGAUAAAAUCACAGCAAAGAAUAACCACGGACUGUGAGCAAAUAAUUGAGUCAGUUGAUAAGCCAACAACAUCUGAAGCAGGUUUAGAAUCAACUCCCUUUUCUAGUGAUAUUGGUCAGCAAAAUCCCAAUUUACUAGAUCUUGGUGAUGCCUAUAAGCUAGCUGUCGGUAACCGAGGAAGACCUGGCAUACUUGUAGAACAUUGGCUAGGAAAGGAUUCUACUAGAAUUAGUGAAGACUUGAAGAUAUUGCUGUCACAAUUUUCAGCUACUCGAGGGACCGAUCUGUCUGUUAAUGACAUCAUCAGUCCUAGAUUGUCUAUGAACAGUGAUGAAAUGAAGAAUUCUGAUGCUUCUAACUCUGCUGGAAUGCAGAUACUUCAAAGGAUGAUUUCACUUGAGCGAAAUGAAUCUGGUUUGUCUCUGGAUGGAAGCAUUGUCAGUGAAAUUGAAGGUGAAAGUGCAAUUGACAGGCUAAAAAGACAAGUUGAUCAUGAUAGGAAACUUAUGAAUGCUCUGUAUAAAGAGCUGGAAGAAGAAAGAAAUGCAUCUGCAGUUGCUGCAAAUCAAGCAUUAGCCAUGAUAACAAGGCUGCAGGAAGAAAAGGCCACAUUACACAUGGAAGCCUUGCAGUACUUAAGAAUGACGGAUGAGCAGUCAGAGUAUGAAACAGAAGCUUUGCAGAAAGCUAAUGACCUUCUGCUUGAGAAAGAAAAAGAGAUUGAAGAGUUGGAAGGUAAGCUUGAGUUUUAUAGGAAGAAGUUUCCUGAUGAAUUAGUGCUGGAAAACAUGGUGGAGACAAACUCUGAAAUGAAGGUGAAAGAUAUUGGAUUGGAUCAUUGUAUUGAAAAGGAUGAAAUCAUCCGUGGGAAGUCAGUUACUGAAAAUACUACUAUAUCUGACAAAGCUGAAGUUCUACCUACAUCUCUGGAGAAACAGAACGUUCAAUCUGUAAAAAAUUCACCAUUGGAGUUUCAAGAUGAAAGAUUAUAUAUUUCCAAACGUUUGAAGAAAUUGGAGAAGCAAGUUUACUUAUUCCUGAAUAUUCAUCAAUCCCAGGAGAAUUGGUUUAAUUCUGAAAAUGAUGAAAAAGAAUCCCUGGAAAACUUUGAGAAGUUGGAUUAUAAUAUUCUAAUGCAAGAAUCUAUUUCUUCGCUUAAAUUAAAUUCAGAUGACAUGGACGAUAAUUCCUCUUCCAAGGAACCUCUAGUUUUCAAGAAAAAUGGUGAACUUGGGUACAAUGGACAAAGCUCACCUGUGCUCUGUGGGAAUAAUGAUCUAUCUUAUACUCGAAGUUUGGUUUCGGAUUUUAUUGGAAGGUUGCAAGUUCUUGAGUCAGAUUUGAGUUUUCUUCAGCAUAGUAUCAACUUGUCGAACAAUGGAGAAGAAGGACUUAAAUUAUUGCAGGAAAUAGCCGAUCACCUACAACGAUUACGUCAGAUUGGAAUAAGAGAUUUAGAUCAACCUGUUGCUUGA